AUAAUGAUGAUCCAGGUCAACUAUCGAUUCGGUUCACUGGUCGUCCAGAGUGCCGUUCACGAGUCGGAACAGUGCGGCGCCAAUGGACUGCCGGUAACGCCGGCAUCGAUAGCAAUGAUUGGCAACUUUCGGUCACUGGUCGACGGUAACAAUCGGCUGACCCGCGACACCGGGUUGGCCGACAAAUAUAUGACCCGAUAUCUCGAUUGUAUUCGAAAUAAAAAAGAACGGAUAACUAUAAUCUUCGAACACUAUAACAAUGACCUACCGGUGCACGAUAUGCUAGCGGUGGCCACCAGUGCACUGUUAGCACUGUAUCACAUGCACUACGAGAUGGGCUGUGUUCACGGACUCAUAACACCCGACGCACUCGUAUACGAUAGCCAUCGAUCGGCAGUCAAACUGACACAUUGGGCCCUAAAUGCUAUUACCGAAUCUGGCCGUCACUGUGACGCCCAUAUGCUUAUACCAAAUGACAUCCGUUUCUUGCCCUACGAACAGCUCAACGGUAUAGCAACUGUUCGCCCGUCGGAUGUCUGGUCACUGGCGCUUACAUUGUUGUCAUUGAUGGACAAAAACCUAAAACUACCGGACAAUCCUAGCGAACUGUUUCAAUGUCUCAGCUCACGCGAAGUACUGAUCAAAUUGGACGCCAAUCUGACAUCACUCUCCACCGAAUGGCAACAGUUUAUGCUGUCGGCACUCGAUCCGAAACCGGCCAAUCGGGCGACAGUUAAGCAGCUAAUGAAAAUAUUGAACAUACCGGUGCCCGAACCAGUGUGCGACCAACUGGACGAGUUGGUUCGCUAUCCGAAAUUGGACAACAAGUUUACGGCCAACGAGUCGAUCUCUAUUUACGAGUUUUAUCAUUUGUAUUGUCUGGCGUUUCCAUCGAACAGAGAUCAGUCAUCACAAGAGAAAAAUAAUCAGAAAAAGCCACCGAUUCUUACACUACCGACACUUGUGCUCCGGGAGGACAAGUGUCAAUCAGGCAAAACUGUUCACCGAAAGAAUUUCGUUAAAAUAUCGGCCAAUCGACAGCUAAAACUGCUACCAAUCGACAGUCUUGUCGAACGACUUAAUCAGUUACCGCCGGAAACUUUCUGUCCUCUAAUACUGACGCCCGGAUUCAAUGCCGUUUGGAGUCUACAGAGUUUGCCGAUCGGGAUUCGUGAGAACGACUUCAGCUACCAGUGCGAGCGUAUUAUGAUAUUCAAGCGACUCAUCGAUGGCUCGCCAUUCACCCGAACCCAACUGAUAUCGUCGGCCAAAGUAGACAUACCGCCUCUGUACAGGUGCCACACUUGGGCCCAUAUUCUUAACGUCAAAUGGUCAGACCUACUACUAUACGAACAGAUUGACAAAUUGACGGCAACACAAACCGAUCGGCAGAUUAGUGUCGACAUUCCCCGAUGUCAUCAGUACAACGAUCUGUUGGCCUCACCGCAAGGUCACCGAAAGCUGACCCGUGUGCUGAAGGCCUGGCUUCGGCAUAACGAAGCCAAAGGCGAUGUCUAUUGGCAAGGGUUGGACUCGUUGGCCGCACCGUUUGUUAUAUUGAACUUUAACAACGAGCCGCAAGCGUUUGCCUGUUUUAAUGCCUUUACGCACAAGUAUUUGAAGGGUUUCUUUCAGAGAGAUAACAGUCGCGUAAUACAAGAAUAUUUGGCACUGUUUUCAAUAUUAAUCAAAUUUCAGGACCCAGUGCUGGCCAAUCACUUGAAUGGCCUACAGUUUAUGGCCGAUCUCUAUGCCAUUCCCUGGUUUCUCACAAUGUUUACACACGUACUACCGUUGCAUCAAAUUAUGCACUUAUGGGAUACACUGUUAUUAGGUAACGAAUCGUUUCCACUGUUCAUAGGCUUAUCAAUACUGAAUCAAUUGAGAGACCAAUUGUUGACCUUUACAUUCAACGACUGUAUACUUGUGUUCUCCGAUUUGCCGCAAAUCGAUAUCAAUAAAUGUGUUAAACACGCGGUCCGACAGUUUUGCGCCACACCCAAGAGCACUGUCCAACGGGGACUGUGGCCACUGGAACAGCUCAAACAAGACAACUGUCCGCUUAUUGACGUUACAGAUGUCAUAUCGUUUGUCAAAAGCGAUAAAUCGGUAAAAGUUCUAAUAAUUGAUUGUAGAUCUGAUGAAGACAUUCAACUAUUCGGCCGAAUCCGGGACGCAGUUAUGGCCGCCGAUUAUAAUACUGAAUCUGUUUCGUCCAAUCGUAACAAUAGUUAUCACAUCACUGUUGUGGUCAACGAUGUCGACAAAUGUGUGCAAUUAAUUGCCAACAAUACUGUUAGGGUGUGUCUCAUGCAAUUGACUGGUGAUAUUCCCAAUGAACUAUUAGACCAAUAA